CCAUUUGAAAGCUUAAAUACCAUUCAGUCUUAAAAAAAUGAGUUAUAACGGAAUAGGUCUUCCAACGCCCCGUGGCUCUGGUACAAAUGGUUAUAUUGUAAGAAAUCUAUCCCAUAUUAGACAUCCAAGAGAAGCAAUAAACCCAUAUCCAUCAAAGAAAUCGACUGUCAGGAAGGCAGACAAGGAAAUUCUUGAACAUGAUAGGAAAAGAAAGCUUGAAAUAAAAGUGCUUAGCUAUAGAGAUAGUCUUGAGGAAAAUAGAGAGCUAGAUGAAGAGGAAAUUGAGAAAAAAGUGAAUGAAUAUAGAGAAAAACUUUUAAAUGAAAAGACCGAAGAGAUUAUUAGUCAUGAUGAUGUAAAAAAUUUAAAGUCAUAUCAAGUCCAUGAACUAGCAACAGCAAAAGCCAGGGAGUUAGAGAAACUUAGAAAGGCAUUUGGAAUAAGAGAAGAUUAUCAAGAAGGAGAUGCGUUUAAAUGUAUGAAUGAAAAACGAGCUAAUUAAGGGCAAUACAAAACAUUUUUAUGUAUAUCAAUAAUAUUUCAGUGU